UUGUUUCAGUUAUUUAUAGAUCGGAUAGGCUUUGAGGCUGUUGCUUUGUUUGUUUAUUUGUAGAUAUGACUGGUCUAAAGUUUUGUUUUUGUUGUAUUCAUAUGGAUUUGACAGGUUGACCGGUUUUGUUGAUGUUGAUUUAUUCGAAUGCAAAGUAUGUAGAGUCGGCCGUUUUGUUGUUGUUGUUUUUUUGCAUUGAUUAAUUUAUAGAUUUGAAAGGUUCACGUGUUCGACGCGCUCUUGUGUCAUUUUUUAAUUUUUUUUUUUUUUUUACGAGUUGACAGUAUGAGCCAAGUGUGAGGAGACUCGAGUGAUGGAACCGGUUUCUCUUCCUCUGUCGCUGGCGCGUCCGGCUGCGGCAGGAGGUUGCGAAACAUCAGGGAGUCUCGGAAAGUUUUCACGCCCCCGGAAAAUGCAUCGUGGAGGAGGAGGCGGCGGCGUGAGAGCGGCGAGGAGGGAAACCCGUGACUUCCGUGAUUUUUCCUCUUGAGUGUGAAACCGAACUCUCACUAUAACACUAUAAAAGGGCCGGCUCGACGACACUCCGUUCAAUCUCGUGGACCGGACCGGACCGUGGUGCAGAGAGCCGCCAUCCUGUGGAGGUUACCCGCUGAACAAUUCGACGUCUCGUGCCCUCAGCCGUCCCCAUGUGCGCAUUGUUGGGACCUAAAGACAUGGACAUUGAGUGUCAGGAGAAGAAAGGCCGCGAGCGUGUACGGUGUCUGGAUGUGUGCGUGGUGGUUUCCAUCCUGGUCCUGUUUGCAGCGCUCACUGUUGUGGCUGCAGCGUGUGUGCCGGCUCUGAUGAAGCUGAGCUCCCAAGUGGACUCCCCGCUGAAGCCGUUUCAAUUUGCAACGGCAGAACUAAGAGGACUCUCACCGAGUCCGGCAUACCAGAUGCAGAACUUUGCUUUCUUGGAGGCAGUCUCAAGCAAGUUGGGGAACUCAACCGUUCAGUGGGAUCCAGUCCACUACAGUGCCGGGGAGUCUGUUGGAAGCAACUUCCAGUUUGACUCAAAGCAACACUUGCUGCGGCCCAGACGUGCGGGGACUUACUUCAUAUACCUGAACCUCAACCUGACCUGCACGUACAGGUGCAGUGCUGGCCUCCUGAGUGUCCGUGUGGGGGACAAGCUGAGCUGCCAAGUUCACCUUCUCGCGGAGUCCGAACAAGAGAGCAAGAGGUGCUGGACAGUAGGCUGGUUGGACACCAACACGAGGCUGCUCACCCACAUGAGCGUGCCAAAGGAGGGGCUGCAGAACUGGAAGCUGGAGCUCAACGGUUCUAACUUGGGCAUGUUCCUCGUGGACUAACGUCUGAAAUCAGAACUGCUUGCAUGUGACCUGCAAGUAACCCAACUAAAGAAUGUAACAGGAGCACAGCAUGAGAGACUCCGCGGACCUCUCCUGAAAAAGGAUGCAAAAGAAGAGACGUUGCAAUCAGGGAGGAGAUAUGGACUAGACACUUAUUAUCUUUUUGACUUUUUGUAAUGACGUGCAUAUUUAUUUAACAACAUGGGACUACUUAUGUUGCAGGUUGCUAUAUGUCAAAUAUGAUGUUAUUGUAGGUCGAUAACACUACAUGAGUGUUAAUGUGCAAUCCUCUUCAAGUUUUUAUUUGAGUUGCUGGUUCUCUUUUGAUUUUAUAGAUGGCUACAAGGUUCUCAUCUGGAUUCACUUCAUAGCAUGUUGGAUAAUAAGCAGCAAUGUGAUCACAGUCAAUGUAAGGUCACAGACUCACAACAUUGCAACACUGACAGUAAAUCACUCAUUUGGUUUUAACACAAUAGACAGCAGAAGAUGUGAUUUGUUACCCAGUGAAUAGCAUAACAUAUUUACUGAGCACUUCAGUUUUGCUAAAUAAAAACAAAUUAAUAGGUCAAAUGCAUCACAGGCCUAUAUAAAAUGAAGUUUCAGAACUUCAAUCCCUGCGAAACCAUUGGAGCACACUCAAAAAUGAUUUGAUUGAAUUUUCCAUGCAAUAGUUUUCUAGUUAAAAUACAAAUCUGAAGUUAAUCUAACAAUGCCAGUAAAUGAACAGGUUGAUGAGGAAAUAUAACAUAUUUCCUUUCAAGUGUAAAAUGCGGUGAUGUAGCUAUACAUUUGGGAACCUUUAAAAUAAAGUGGAACCAAAAGAUCAGAUGUAUUGUAUGAUGUUCAAAAUUUGGACUUGCAAAAUGUGAUGAAGCAAUGUUAAAUCCAAUGGACAAACUGCAUAGUGGUGAUUGUAUCCAUAUUAACAUGGAAAUAAAUAUAUGUGUGCGCGCAUGCAUGAAAAGGAGAAAAUGACGUCUGUGACAGUGAUUGUGGCAAUGUACAAGUGGAAUAUUUGAAAAGUGUCUAGCGAAGGGGAAAGUUCCCUGUUGUUGCAUGUAGCGGGAAGUAACAAUGCAUCACUUCCUGUUGAUUUAUUUUUAUAGUGCCAAAAACACCUUACAGCAUGGAGAUGACAUAGUUGCAUCAAAUUGAAUGUAUACAAUAAUUAUUAUCUUAUUAUAUAUACAUAUAUACAUUCAAUUAUAAAUUGAAUGUAUAUUAUUAUUAUUAUUAUUAUAGUUUUACACCACUGCAAACCAACCACAAUAAUAAACAUAAUGUUAAGGCAUCUUUGACUAUUUCAAUCCAUUUUGAACACUUGCAUUGGAUCUCGUCAGACAAGAUAUUUAGAAAAAAAACAGCAUCUAAAUUAAAAAUUGAUAUUUUCUUUUUGUUUAUGGAAAGAUAAUCGGUGGAGAGGUACUGUAAAAAAAAUAAUUCUUGGCAAAAAUAUUCUAUUAUAACGGAACAGAUGUAAAUUCAGAGUAAAGGAGAGUUUAAAUUGCUUCUUGCAGGUUGCCAUCAACCACAUAAUGGCCAACUUUCAUGUUCUAAGGUGUGCACAGGAGAUGUGCAUGUGUUGAUUUGGGGCUUACAACAGGAAAUAACCCAAUUAUUCUAUCUAAACACUCUCCAUGUCACUUUCAUAUCAUGCUGUCUUUGUCAACAUUGCCUGUUGAAGCCUUGCAUGCCCUUUUUUCUCAGAAUGGUGCUUUUAUUUACAAAUACAUUUAUACAGUAAGAUGCAGAAGUAUUUUGACAAUGACUUUUCCCCCCCGAUAUUUCCUCUUUCCAUCGUCACAAUGGUUUGUAAAUAUAAGUCAAGACAUAAUUAAAGUAUAAACUUUCAA